UGUGCUUAUAUAAAGGAGGAGGUAGGAUGUUGAAGUUCCCUACUAUUAUUGAAGAUACCUAUAGCUAAAGGUUUUCAAGAGAAGAUAUAUAUAUAUAUAUAUAAUAGCAUCUAUAGUUUCUAUAAUUGUGAGUGUUUUUAUUUUUAUAUAUGGAAGAACAUCAUCUUACUCCAUUAGCUGUUACUCAUCUUCUUCAACACACUCUAAGAAGUUUGUGCAUCCAUGAUAAUUCUCAAUGGGUUUAUGCUGUUUUCUGGAGGAUCUUGCCUAGAAACUACCCUCCUCCCAAGUGGGAAGGACAAGGGGCUUAUGAUAGAUCAAGAGGAAACAGAAGGAAUUGGAUAUUGGUUUGGGAAGAUGGAUUCUGCAACUUUGCAGCAUCAGCAGCAGCACCUGAAAUAAACUCUGCCGGUGAUUGUCCUAACUCGUCCUCGUCGGUUUACGGGAACUGUGAAUUAAUUCAGCCUUACCAAGGUCUUCAACCUGAGCUUUUCUUCAAGAUGUCACAUGAGAUCUAUAACUAUGGUGAAGGAUUGAUUGGAAAAGUAGCUGCGGAUCAUAGUCAUAAAUGGAUAUAUAAAGAACCUAAUGAUCAAGAAAUUAAUUUCUUGUCAGCAUGGCAUAAUUCAGCAGACUCACACCCUAGGACUUGGGAAGCUCAAUUCUUGUCUGGUAUAAAGACCAUAGCCCUCAUUGCUGUUAGAGAAGGUGUUGUUCAAUUAGGAGCUGUUCACAAGGUGAUUGAAGAUUUGAGCUAUGUGGUUCUACUAAGAAAAAAAUUCAGCUACAUAGAAAGCAUACCAGGAGUACUUCUCCCACACCCUUCAUCAUCUGCAUACCCUUAUGGUGUUCCAACAGAACAAUGGCAUAAUUUCCAACAACAUCAACAACAUGGUGAUCAAAUAUAUGACCAUUUCAUGAACAACAACAACAAUAACAUGCCAAUGAAAGUAACUCCAUCAAUGAGUAGUCUUGAAGCAUUACUCUCAAAGUUACCUUCAGUUGUUCCACCACAACAACAUCAACAACAUCAAACACAACAACAUGUUUUAGCACCAUUGGAAUUCAUGGGAGGAAUGCCAAAAGUUGCAAAAGAAGAGUUAGAUGAAGAAGAACAAGAAGAGGUUUAUAGACCUGAACAGCUUGAUGUUGGUGAGAGUAGUAGUUCUAUGUCAGGAUACCAUCAUCAUCAACAACAUCAACAUCAUUUUCAUCAAAAUAUAAAUAAUGGAUUUUGAAGUAAUGAAUCAAUUAUAUAUAAUUAAGUCUAAGUUCUCCUAACAUAUUAUUACUAGUUUAAGGUAUGAUAUAUUAUGAAUAAUAAUAAUAAUAUUAUUAUGAAUUUGAGUUUGUUGUUGGUAGUUUAUGAAGAGAAUCAAUUCCAUGCAUGGUGUGAAAUAGAUUGAGACAUU